AUGCAGGAGGGUCCGUCGGACGAAGACUCCGCUGUGUCGUCUGCUCCAGCCUCUCUAUCCCCUCAACCUCUCAACGAAAUGUGGUGCGGGCAGUGCACGCGGCUGUCAGACGCGCUGAGAGACGCGCGCGAUCAACUCGAAUUGAUGGAGUUCAGGCUGUUGGAGCUGGAAGACGCCGCGCCUGAUAAGGGUGUCAGGGAGAAUCUAACCGAUUCUGAUUCGGGCUGCGUAUCCCCUGGUUCGAGGAUCAAAGACUCAGCAUCACCAGAACUCAAACGUAUGGACUCCGGAUACAAAUCCCCACAUUUACCAAGCAGUCCGAAUCCAAAAAGACACGCACACAAUGACUUUAAGGAAGACUUUGCGAGGGCCCAAGAGGUUAUGGAGAAUUCCGAAAGCGAUUCGCUUAAAAGCAACCCCGUGAAGGAUCAUUUGGAACAGAUGAUACUCAACGCUGUCUCCGUUGAAGAUAGGAAUUGUUUGGAACAAGUGCUCAUGAUGUUGUAUAAUUUCCAAGCGCUUAGCAGUUCCGUCAGUGAAGAUGAAUGCUUUCAGUCAAAACCAAGGAGAAUAUGUGAUCUGAGACAAAAAUUGGAUAUAGACAUUCCACUGCACAAAACACACAAAGCAAUCGCAACAGUCACACCUUACCAACAGAAAGGAUAUAAAUCAUCACUAGAGAGUCUCUGCGAUGAAAGAAAACCAAAUAACAUUUUACAAGAAAGCGGUAUUUUCGAAGGAGUUGAAUCUGAAAGCAAAGGAACUCAAACCGACAACGAAAGUUUUGAGUUCAGCGGUGAAUUGAACACUGAAAUACAACGACUGAAUAGUAUAAGGGAAAAGUUAGAGAAGCAAGGUGUUAGAAAUAGGACGCUCAAAGACGAAGAUAAUCUAGAGUGUAAAUGCGUUAAAUUGGGCAAAAAACACAAACAGUAUUACGAGAGGAGGCUUAAGUUCUUGGAAGGAAAGAUUUCGAUAUACGAAGCGGCUUCUGACGUGAAAGAGGCGAAGUUAGCGAAGAGACUUCAAAAGGAAUAUCAGUUGGAAAACAGAAUACAGGAAUUAGAAAAUCAACUCUCAGAUCUUCAAGACAAGUACGAGAGGUUAGAAGAGGAAUGCUGUGAACUAGAAGAAAUAGAAAACGAUACACGUCUGCAUUGGCAACAGUUGGAGAUGGAAUAUGAAUUAUGUUCUGCUACUCUCCGCGACAUGACUGAACAACGCGAAUGUUCCCGAGCUCAGGCCGAGCGGCUGGCAGCUCAGCUAGCUGACAAGGAGUGCGCUCUUAGGGCUAGAGAGGCUGAAUUAUUAUCUAGACUCGAGGGCUUGGAAAAAGCUAUACCAGCGCUCAUCAUGUGGAAUAUAGUUCAAGCUGUUGGACAUACUCUCUCUUAUGGCGGACGGCAUGCCCUUAUGAGCCGAAUGGGUCCAUACGGUCAAACAAAAAAAUCAUUGAUCGCUCAUAUACAACAGAGGAAUAAGGAACACGAAAUAUGCAAUUCAUUGGUUGCAUACAACGAUAAAGAAUCAAUGACUACAAGACAGCUACAGAAACAAAUCAUCACAUUGAUAUCAGAAAAGAAAGAAGUAGAGAUUCAAGCGGUGGAAAUGAAGAAGAAAUUGGAGCAGAACGUUAAGAACUUGGAAGAAGAAUUAGAAACUAUGAAGCGACAACUAGCAGCGACAUCGAGAUGCGCUGACGCUAAGAAGGGCAAAAUAGAAGAUAAAAUUGUUGAGUUAGAAAAUAAGAUGGCUAAAGAAAAACACGAUCAGAAGCUUCCAGCCGAUAUGUCCACGGUUCAAUCUCUGUUGGUGCGUGAGAAGGCUUUGCAGCAGAGGAUCGAGGAAUUGGAAACAAGGGAACGAGCUUAUCUUGAUAUGUUGACACAAGCUGAUGAUAUGUGGGCAGAAAUGGAGGGAGGGUAUAAGAAGAAAAUACACGACUGUACGACCGUGGAGACGGAAUUAAAGGGAAAGGUGAAAAAAUUAGAGGAAGAGAGAGAUCAAUGGAAGAACUGCUUCGAGCCUCUGAGGAAGAAGUUGAGGGAGAUUGAAGAAUCUGAAUCCGGUAUGAGGAUAGCGUUGGAGAAGGCUGAGAGAGAUGCGAAGAAUUUGAAGACACAAAACACGAACCUGGCGGCCUUGUUCGAGAAGGCUGAUGCUGAUGCUAAGAAGGCCGAACUCACGGUCAGAGAUUUGGAGUAUAAGUUCAAGAGAGAGACGGAUCAGCUGCGUAAAACGAAUAAGCAGUUGGAUGAAGAUUUGAAGAAUCAUAAAGAAGCUGCCAAAAAAACUGAGAAAUGUUACAUAGGAGACUUGGACUGUAUACGGAAAGAAUUAACAAGAACGUGUAAGAACAACCAAGAGUUAGAAGUGACGAACAGUGAACUAAAGGAAGAGGUCGAAUCAUUGGAAAAGCAGUUGGCUUUGACACAGAAAGCUUUGAAUCAAUGUAAAAGGAAAUGCGAAGAUAGAAUUAAGACGAUGAGCCACGAACUGUCAAUCAAGACGGAGGAAUUAGAGGAACUGAGAAGCGAAACGCUGAGGAAUUCAUAUCAUACGACCAGAGUUGAACUAAAACCUGAUAGAACAGAAUAUGUUGAUGAAGGAUACUCAAUAUACACAGAUACACCAAAGAAAGAUUACAGCAGAAUGCAUCACAGCAUGAGCUAUAUAUCAGAAACACGAUGUUCAUGUCCAACCAUGAGGAACCAAUUAGUCAGUCAGUUAAUAGAAGAUCUCUUCGAUAGAAUACACAACACAGUCGAUGAAGAUUUAACGCAAUUAUGCAAUGAUAUCGGACCGGUUAACGGGAAAAUCAGUGCGGAGGCAAAAUCGAAAAUAAUGAACUACCUACUAAUGGCGAUAUCAAAAGAACUCAUUAGAUCUAUAGGUGACGCUGACGCUAAAACUGAUAGUGAGGAAUGGCAGCGUUCAGCCGCAUCCUACACCGGCGGACCAAGUUAUACUGGUAACGCUGGUGUAGUGAGAGGCGCUGCUCGUCUGGCUAGUGUGAGUUGCGCAUGCGCAGCCGCGAGACUAGCAGCCGCUGAGCCGCAACUGGCAGCGGCUGUUAGGAUUUGCCAAGAGGAAGUUUUGGAACACGGGGACGUGAAAAUCAUGGAGGAACAAUUAGCGAAUGCGAUCGAAAGUAUUGUUGUGAGUAUAGCACUGAGAAUGAGAAUUUGCGAUUCUAUAUCAUGCUUUCAAAUUAGAAGGUUCAAUUCGGGAUUAUCAUGCACGUGUUUGGAUUGUAACCGGGAUCGAUGUUUGACUUGGGAUAACAAUGACGAUAAUAACAACGAUAAUCCGCCAGAUACUGACGCAGCCAGUAAAGUUAGUAAGGCAUCAGACGCAGGAAUUAAACCGAAAAAGAAAUGUUCAGCUCCUAUGAAUGAUAACAACGAAGAAAGUUCAUGCUGCACAAAAGAUUGUAAUACACCAGAAAGUAAGCAAAUUGUAUCAAACGAUUACGCCGUACAAAUAGAAAUUAAAAUCUCCGAUGAUUUUAACCCAGACUCCAUAAAGGAUCGAACCUCGAAAAAAGCAUUCGACGAUGAAGAUUUUUUUCCUGAAUUUUAUAAAAAAGACGACAAACAAAAAGUAAAAAGUGAUUUUAUCAAAGUUAAACCAGUAUCAAUGAAAUGUUGCAGUUCAAACACUUGUAUAGAGAGUAUAAAUGCUAUACCCGAACGUACGGAGAUGAAUUUAGAUAAAAAUACUUCUGAAUAUAGCGACACUUUGUUUAUAGAUGAUAAGAAAGCUAUUGCUUCCGAGGAAAACAUAGAACCAACAGACACUUACAUUUCAAACACAGUUGAAAGUAAAGAUUCUAUAACUGAGCUUAUUGAUAUCAUUAAAAAUAAUGGAAAUAGAGAAGAUUGGAAUUCUUAUAAUUCCAAAGUUAAGAAGGAAUGUAAAGAAUGUUGUAGCAGCAAAAACUUUGAAAGUAAAAGUAGUAAAAGUCAUAAUACUAAAUCAAGUGCAACUGAAAUUGAAGUGCAACCAAAGAAAAAAGAUUCAUAUUCUCAAAACACAGGCUAUCUUAAAACAUCUAAGACAAUAAGAAACGAGCUGUACACCAAAAGAUACGAUGAUGCUAAAAAGGUAUUCAAUGAUGACGAUUUUGAUAAUGCUAAAAAUCGUGAUAUUUUAACAAAAGAAAAUAAAAAUCUUGAAAAAUGUUACAACGUAAGUAAAUAUUUGAGAAUUGAAGAAGAUACACAGUAUCGUCCGAAAAAUAAAAAAGAAAGAGAUAGCAGGGCAGAAAAUGAUUGGACCGGUAAAGAUUCUCUAAAUGACGAUGAAAUUAUUAGAUUACAAAAAAUCAUAAAUCUGCUUACUCAUAUUGACGACAAACAAGAUAAUGAUGGCUCGAAUUUAAAGCAAUGCGUAUAUACGGAUGUAUCUCAUAAGAAGAAGAAAACUAUUCGGAAGAAAAAUGAAAAGACCUCUGAGAAGAGUUCCUCUCACUUAAAAAGUAUAGCUUUAAGUUAUUCUAAACCGGAUUACAGCAGUUCACGGGCCGAAUUGAGCGCUCAAGUCAUGAAUGUACCCUACGAAGAACUUAAAGAGACCUUGUCUAGAAGACAAUCUUCAAUACAUUCUGACGUAUCUAAUACUCCAAAGGAAUUACCGAAGCUAGAUAUUUUUUCUAAACUAAAAGAAUUAUACAAGGCCUGUAGCUGUAAGGUCUGCGAAUGUUUACCUAGCAAUUCUUUUCCAAAAAACAAUGAUAUAUGCAAUUGUAAACCCUGUGAUUGUGAUGAUUGUAAGAAAUAUACGGAAAAAUUAAGAAAUAGAUUUUUAAAUAGACCUCCAUCCGGAUGCCCGUGUGUAGCUUGCGAUAGAAAAGAUUGUCGCGGAGUUGUAAAAGAUGAUACAUCAAACUCAGUGUGUGACUGUGAGCCCUGUAACUGUGUGAGAUAUACCGAAAGUUAUUCGAAACCGUGUAACUGUGUUCCCUGUCAAUGUGAACUAUGCAAGGCAUCCGUACCCAUGCCGCAAGCAGUAAUGGUCAGUAAUAUGACACAGAUUUACCAUCAAAGUAACUGUGAUUGCGAUCCCUGUGAGUGUCAAAACUGCACUAGCAGUUAUUCUGCGAUGACAUCAAAUCUAAUGCGCGAAGCAUCGACUGGCAUAAUCACAUAUGGAAACUGUAAUUGUAGAAAUUGUUCGAACGAUUCAUGCCAAUUAAACGCAUCUAGUUGUAGAUGUGAUGUACAAAACGAUGUUAUGAGAAAACCUUUGGCCAAGAACAGCCCAGAUUAUGGCAUUCAUAGGGUGUAUGUUAGAGAAAAACCUUAUGGAAAAACUGACACCAUUAAGAAACACCGCAAUACAAUAGCUAUGUUCGCUUUAUCCGAUACUUAUUCUAACAGAUUGUUCAGUUACUCUAACCAAAAUGACACAUGUAAUUGUGAAGAAUGUGAAUGCCUUGUAUGCAAAGAUAAAGGAAAACUUAUAAAUUAUGAUGAUCAACCAAAAUUUGGAAUUAAUAUUAAUAAAAAGUCCAUACAUUCCGGUUAUUGUGUUCCGUGUCAAUGCGAUACAUGUAAAAAAUAUUACGAAUCAAAUCCGGAAAAUUUUGAUGAAAACUUUAGCUUUAAAUAUAAAUAUAACACUGAAAAUACUAAAAAAAUUGAUAAGAGCGAUAUUACAAAAGACGAUAAACUAUUUAAGAGGUCCAGGCUCACUUUUGCAUCGCCAGAAGUAAAUUCUUUAAACAAGUUACUCAAGAGUAACGACGUUUUGGUUAAUGAUGUAUUCUCAAAGAAAUCUGAAGAUUUAGUGGAGGAUGAACAUUGUUAUUUAUUGAAAAGGGGAAAGUUAUUGACGCCGUCAAUUUUGAAAAAAAUUGUCUUGAAACGUGGUUCCUCUCACGUACUUGUUAAACGUGAAGAUAAUGAGAGUCGUUUAAAAGAGAAUGAUAAUAAGUCCAAUUACUUUGUUGGACUAAAUUCCUCGCUGUGUCAACAAAUCAAGUUUGCUGAUACGUGUAAACAGGCCGAUUCUUACCAUACAUCUCCAUCACCAAACAGUUCCAAAACGAACUCGACUUCCAAAGAAAAAGAAACAACUGAAAUUUUUAAACAUAAUUCCCUUGAUUUAAUAAAUUCUAAUGCUUCAAAUAGCGUUUGUGAUGAUUUAAACGAUAGUAUUAAAAAGGACGUAUCUGAUGAUUUAUUACAUGAAAACUUAAAAUUAUCUAGAAUGGAAGUCGAUGAUGCCGACACUAUUAUAUCAAGUCAAAAACAUUUGAUACAUUCGUAUAAACCGACAAAAGAAUCUUUAAAUAUAACUAAUGUUCUUAAUAAUAAUAAGAUACAUUUAUCAUCUCCGAAAAGCAUGAGCUUAGUUCAAUCCCUUUGCAAGGAAAGAAAUAUUAAUAUAAAUGACAAAUAUACGUCAAAAUACUUACGAUCUAUUGAAAAGUUCCCAUUGAAAACAUUAAAAAUGGAAUUUAAUAGUAUUUAUUCAAGCGAUGAAAGUCAAAGAGAUAUUUCUAAAAACGAUAAUGACGUAAAUUUUGGUAAAGUAAGAAGCAAAAUAAAGACACCUCAAAUUAACGACAAAAAUGAUUCGGAGACUUUCGUAUACGGAAAUAUUGACAUAGUAAAACGUGAAACUGAAAAUACAGUCCCAUCGAUAACUAAAAAUGAUUAUAACUUGAAAGAAACAGAAAUUGAAGAUGAUAUAUUAAAAGAUACUCCUCUUAAAAUAGAAAGUGACGUGAAUAAUUUAGACAAAGAAAUCAAGGCUCAACGAAUGAUACCUUUAGUUAAAAUAAAUAAAGAAAGAAAGGCAAAUAAACCUUUAAAACCGGAGCCAGAGUUAAUGGUACAUAAUAAACAAAUUAAAAAUAAACGUUAUCUAGAACUACCAGAUCACACAGAUACAGCUUCAUCCGUUAUAAAGUUUAACGCAUUCGAUAAAUAUAUGAAAUUAUGCGAAUCUGUUCCACUUCAAAAUGAUACCGAACAAAAAAAUCAAGAAGAUAUACUUGGUAGGAAAAUAGUUUACGUGAGCGCAGAUGCCUUAUGUAAUAAUCCUCUAGAACCAAAUCGUAAGAAUUCCCUUAAAUCUGUAUCACAACAAACAAGUGCUGUACCUCUAUAUUUUUUUGGACCUGGCCAAGGAACUAAGGCAUUGAGUAAUAAGACUUUGAAGACAGUCAGUAGAAUGAAUGACGCAACAUCACAAACUCAACGGCUUAAGAUUGCUGUUGAUAAGGAAGUUGACUGCAAUUUACUAAUAUCAGCGGAGAAUAUAAAACCAAAUAACGAGAAAGUAGAUAAUACUAUGUUAACCAAAAGAGGCAAACGUUUAUCUUUUGAUCAAAAGGACCAAAAUUCGAAGGCAAAUUCUGUUGUAAUGGAUUCUAAUGAAACAGAGAGGACUGCCGAUGGCCUUAAAGCUACUUUUGUAUUUUUGAGGAAGGUUUCAGAUCACACAGUACUCCUUAGAUGGAUGAUCCCGCGGGACGUGAAGGAAGUCGAGGGUUACGAGCUACAAGUCGACGGUCGUCCGGUCAAGAAAAUACUCAAUCCUUCUAGGUGUAUGGCCGUACUAACCUGUCUGCCUCACUGCGAGAAACUCCUGCUAACUAUACGUACUAUAACAAAACACCAAAACAAACAUAACCCGGUCACUACGGAUAGCGAGUCAGCUAAACAACAGUUUGAUUUCUAUGCUGUCAAUCGUAAUAACAAAAAAGGAGAAGUCAAAAAUAAAUUUUGCAAUAAAACAACUAAGGUCGACGUUAGCUCGCAGUACGCAAUACGACCGAAAACUCCGUCCUAUAUAAAAACAUUUGACGGGUCCAAAUGGCAAAACGUAGACAAUACAUUUGAGUUGGAACAGUAUUUGGAAGCAGAGAAAGAAGGCGCGUUUACAUCAAAUUACAAUUCUUCAAACAAAAUUCGCAUUUCCCAAAUGCCUCGUGUCAAAGUUAUCGCUGAAAAAUUUCCCAAGAAGGAUAAUGUCAAAUCAAGAAAAUUGGAAGAGAAAAUUGUUUGCUUAGAGUACGAUGUAUUUACAAGUGACCAUCAUUACGCGAAACCAACACAAACAAUGAAGGUGUAUUUUUCUGUCAAACCAGUAAUAAAGGAUGAAGAAAAUAUUCCAAUAUUACCAACAUCCAGAAAGAAACAUUUCAAUGUCGCUAACGAGGAUUUUAAUACAUUAAAUGAAACAGACGUCGACAUUAUUGAUGCUAAAGUUGCAAAAAAUAAAUCUUAUUUGGACAUCCUGGAAAAUAUUCUUAUAAGAAAACAAAAGAUUUACACUAAUAAAAAAAAGAGCACUUUAGAUCUCAUGUCGUUGUAUCAAAUGGCUAAAAGUAACAUUCCAUUGUUUGACGAAAACUUCUCAAAUAAAUAUUAG